AUGUCUGCCAAAGGUUUCAACAAAGAGGAAAAGGAGAAACAGCUGGAGGAUGAGGCUGCUGGAAGUACAGUGCCACAGUUAGCCUUCCUAGGACCCACGCUGUGGGACAAGACACUGCCUUACGAUGGCGAUACUUUCCAGUUGGAGUACAUGGACCUGGAGGAGUUCCUGUCCGAGAAUGGAAUCCCGCCGAGUCCUUCUCAGCAGCAAGAGUCCAGCCAGCAGCACCCACCCUUACAACAGCCUGCAAGCUCCCAGGGACCCCCCGUGGAUCUCAGCAAAGCCAGCACCUCGGUACAUCUGGGUGUCAGUCCCCAGAACCUCCUCCAGAGUCCUGUCCGAGCAGGUAAUCUGUGCCCCUGAGCAAUCUGUAAAUACCCUUCUCACCACCACCAUCCCAAAGCCACUUGGAGUCUGAUCAAAUGUAAAAGAAAGAUUUUGUAGUCACUCUAAUAUCUUUAGAAACAAAACCAGAAAUUGUUGGAAAAG